AUGCUUUUCUGUUAUCAUUUAGACGUUUUGUUGCUAGAAGAGGAAGACCUAGAGUGGUUUAUACAGACAACGGUACAAACUUUAGGGGAGCUUAUAAUAAUUUUUUUAGAAAUUGAUUGGAGUAAAAUAACUCGACAAACAGAAAUACAGAAGAUCGAAUGGAAAUUCAUUCCCCCCACUGCUGCCUGGUGGGGCGGAUGGUGGGAAAGACUUGUUCGAGUAGUCAAAGAACUCCUUAGGAGAACAUUGGGCAGAGCUGUUCUUACCUAUGAAGAACUGGAAACAGUUAUGUGCGAAUGUGAAAGGGUAGUAAAUUCGCGACCCCUUGACAUAUUAUCCGAAGAUACAGAAGACUUAGUUCCACUUACACCUGCCAUGUUUCUGACCGAUAGAUCCAAUUUAGAUGUAACUGAUAUAGACACAGUAGACACCAAUCAUCUCAGGAAAAGAAUCAGAUUUCGUGCAAAAUUAAUGGAAGAUCUCCGAGUACGUUUUCGAAAGGAAUAUUUAGGACUACUUAUUCAGAAACGACAGCAAAAUUCACACUUUCCAAAUAUUCGAGUGAAUGACGUUGUGUUGAUAGGAGAUGAUAUCAAAAAGAGAUUGAAUUGGCCUUUAGCCAGGGUUACGGAACUGAUUCCAGGAAAGGACGGUAAAGUGAGAACAGUUAGAUUAAGAACGCAAACUAACAAUUUAGUACGUCCGAUACAACGAGUGUUUCCCCUAGAAAUCCAAGAUGAUGAUUUGUCAGGUUCAUGUCAUCCAAGUGAUCCUCAAAAACAUCAAUCUGCUGUAAAGUCUUCAGAUUCUCAUCGUGGAGACGACAUGAGUACCUCUCAUCAUUCAGAAAUUUCUGGGUCACCCCGAUCUCCGGACCCCACUGAUGUUUCCGAUGUAUGUGAUUCUAAGACUAUAAAGACACGAGCUGGUAGAACUGUUAAGAUGCCACUUAGACUGAACUUGAUAGACUUGAAUGUUUUGAGUAGCUAUCCAGCAACUCAAAGGGGGGAGGAUGUUGGGAAUGGCAUCACUACGCCAGCGAAUCAAAAGCCAGAUAGAGACUGA